AUGUUUUUUCCCGAUAUAUUUGGUCGAAAUCGCUUCGGUAAUACCAAUAAUCCAAUGAAUCCAAUAUUUCCGUCUCCGUCAUUAGCCCUUCAGCCAUUUAUCUCUCAUAAUCCAUUUGGUGUUGAUCCAUUAAAUGAAUUUACAUCUAGUCCAUUUUCACUAAUGGAUGCAAUGAUGGGUAACAUGCGCUCUAUAAUGGAUAAUACAAGUGUAUUUCAUCCGACAUCAAAUGACGAUGAUGCUUCAGUUCAUUCAUUUACAUCCACAACUGUUAUGAGUUACGGUACGGGUCCCGAUGGGAGACCAAAAGUAUAUCAAGAAUCAACAUCGAGAAGUCGAGGACCAGGUGGGAUUGAAGAAACACGUCAGGCCGUUAGAGAUUCACAAAGAGGAAUUAAUAAAAUGCAAGUUGGACGACGAAUUGGCGAUAGAAAACAUGUUAUUGAACGUGAAUUAAAUGCCGAAACGGGUCAAAUAUCAGAAAAUGUUGAAUUAGAAAAUUUAGACGAAGAAGAAACUGAAGACUUUAAAAAUGAGUGGAAACAACGUUCUGGUAGGUCAAGGCAAUCGAAUAUGGCUAUGAUUAAUCAUCGACAACCACCACCAUUACUUGCAAUUGCAGAUGUCCCAUCUACUUCUCGUAAUCGUAAAAACCAACAACGUAAGCAAACAUUACCAACUCCAACACCAUCUGAAAUUCAUCGAUCAGAUACGAUUGAUUUAACAGACAUACCAGAUUCACCAUCACCAAAUAACAAUAAUGAUAAUAAUCGUCUACAUCAAAAAAGAAAAGCUUCACAUUAUCCACAACAAGUUGAGCAAGAUCGAAAACAUCGUGAUCGAAGAAAUCGAUUUUAA